CUUUUUUUUUUCUUGUUCUCUGUCCGAAAAAAAAAGGAAAAAGGUCGACCUCCUGAACUUCUUCUUUUUUUGACUUACUCCUGGAUCCUUUUUUUUUUUUUGUAUAAAAAAAAAGAGAAAAUAUAAAAAUAACCACUCAUGAGCCGAGACGACGAAUACGAUUACCUAUUCAAAGUGGUCUUGAUCGGAGAUUCCGGGGUCGGAAAGACGAAUCUUCUGGCGCGCUUCACUCGUAAUGAAUUUAACUUGGAGUCUAAAAGUACCAUUGGGGUGGAGUUUGCCACUCGUAGUGUCCAAGUCGACAACAAAACCGUGAAAGCACAAAUCUGGGACACAGCUGGACAGGAACGCUAUCGCGCCAUCACAAGUGCAUAUUAUCGAGGGGCUGUAGGAGCCUUGCUGGUGUACGAUAUCGCGAAAUAUGCGACUUACGAUAACGUGACACGAUGGCUCAAAGAAUUACGUGACCAUGCCGAUUCCAAUAUAGUCGUCAUGUUAGUAGCCAACAAGAGCGAUUUAAGACAUUUGCGAGCGGUCCCUACAGAGGAAGCCAAGCAGUUUGCAGCUGAUAACGGUCUUUCUUUCAUCGAGACUUCGGCCCUGGAUUCCAGCAAUGUUGAACUUGCGUUUCAGCGCAUCUUGACAGAAAUAUAUCGUAUUGUCUCCAACAAAGCUCUUGAAUCUUCUAAUGACGGUAUCCGACCCACCGCAGGCGAAACCAUUUCUGUGACUCAACCGCCUUCGGCCGAUCAAAACAAGGGCGGUUGCUGCUAAUCGUCCAGAGAAGACGACGAAGCGAAAACAAAAAAUAUACGAUUAAACAUUAUAUACCUAUAUAUUUUCUUUCUUUUUAUUGAGUUGCUUAUCUUUUUUUUCUCUUUCUUGCUUGAUUUUUUGAUUCUGGAGUUUUUGACUUGUUCCUCCCCUAAUAAAAAGUCUCGGUUGGCUGAUCAAUGUGAACACAACAGAGGUCAUUUCAAAAAUAAAUUUUAUGCAUGACUACUGCACAUGCAAAUAUUAGUUUUGCUUACUUCUUAUUUCUCGUUUUUUCAA